CAGUUGAUUGGUCAGCUCACACGAAGGCGGGACGUGUUCCUAGGCUCUGAUUGGUUCUGUUACACGUCCUUCAAGCGUCUCCGUUCUGUCAGUUCGGCUCAUCCAGCAGAGGUUAAUCUGGAGCGGAUGAAGCCGUGGCUUUAACUCUGAGGUCAGAAUGCAGUUCCUGGGCCGCAUCAUUGGGACGGUGAGCAGCGUGUUCACCAACCCGUACCGAGUUCGGGAGGUCCAGCUGUCGGAGUAUAAGAAUAAAGUGAAGAUGAAGCAGGAUGGGAGGACGCUGUUGUACAGGGACUCUUCCUCCCAAGCCUGGGAUUGUGUCCUCAUCAUGCCUGACAAUACAGUAGCACUGAGGUUGUUCCAGGUGACGUCGGAGGAAGACGCUGCGAACUGGUUUCCUCAGUAUGCCCUCAAGCUCCGCCCCUUUUAUGAAACUCUCCGCCCGCCUCUCAAACCCGAGACGCUCCAACAGAUAGUCGAUUGCCUACGGAGCCACCCGGACUGGAGCUCCGCCCACAUCGCCGUAUACACCGGCCUUCGGGACUGCCUGAAGCACAACCACGUUUUGAGUCAGAUGAACAUGCGGGAUUCUCAGGGCCAGACGCCACUGCACCUGGCAUGUGAACGCGGUGAGGUGAGCUGCGUGCGAGAGCUGUUAGAGGAAUGCCAGGCUCGCACAGACAUCCGAGAUAAGAACGGUGACACGCCCAUGCACUGUGCGGCCAAGCAGGACUCUGCCGUCAUCGUGGAGGUGCUGUGCUCUCAGCUGUGUCCCGGUGUAAACGAGCUGAACGUGGUCGGAGAGACGCCUCUGCAUGUCGCAUGCCGUUUGGGAAAGACCGAGACAGCCAGGGCGCUGAUGGGAGGUGGAGCUCGAACCGACAUCGUCGGGGGCUCUGGCUAUCCAAUACACACAGCCAUGAAGUACAGCUCCAGGGGCUGUGCCGAGGUCAUUCUAUCUGAUGAUUUAAAUCAGCUGCAGUCUGAGGACCCGGUGUAUGGCGGAACCCCUCUCCACUGGGCCAAGACUGCCGAAAUGACUCGCCUGCUGCUGGACCACGGCUGUGGCGUGAACUACCUCAGCAAAACCGGAGACAGUCCAUUACACAUCCUGUGCAAGAAGGAGCGCUAUGAGGCUGCCAUGAUCCUGCUGACCCACGGGGCCGACCCCAACCUCAAGGGCGAGAACGGGAACACGGCUCUGCACCUAGCCAUGAAGCUGGACAACAUUGACCUGAUAAAAGCACUCAUCGUGUUUGGAGCUGACCUGGAGAUCCACAACGACCUGGGAGAGUCGCCGGGUCUGAUUGCAGCCCGCACCAGCAAGGGCCCCAACCGUAAGGUGUUGCUGAAGAUGCUGCAAUGUGUCGGGGUCGAGCGAUGUCACCCCCCCUCCACCGACUUCCUAACCCCCAUCAACAACAGAGCCCCACCCCCACCCAUAGGGUUUAACGACCUCGUCCACGCGGCGGCCGCAAUCUCCGCCAUCAGCCGAGGCUACGUCGAAGUGGACGGUCUCAGGACAAGCAAAAAGGUGGACAGAUUGCUGUGUCUGGAUGGAGGAGGUAUCAAGGGCCUGGUUCUGAUCCAAAUGCUGAUUGCGUUGGAGAAGGAAGCGGGUCGGCCAGUCCGAGAGCUCUUCGACUGGGUGGCUGGGACCAGCACCGGCGGCAUCCUGGCUCUGGCUGUCACUCACGGUAAAUCAAUGGAGUACCUGCGCUGUCUGUAUUUCCGGAUGAAGGACCAGGUGUUUAAAGGCUCGCGGCCGUACGAGUCGGCACCGCUGGAGGAUUUCCUCAAGCAGGAGUUCGGAGAGGACACUAAGAUGACUGAUGUCACACACCCAAAAGUAAUGGUCACUACUGUUUUAGCGGACAGACACCCCGGGGAGUUGCACUUUUUCAGGAAUUACGAUGCCCCUACUAUACCCCGAGACCCCCCAUAUGCUUCCACAACCACUUUCAAACCACUCACCACCCCACAAGAGCAGGUUGUGUGGCGUGCGGCCCGGGCCAGCGGUGCAGCCCCCACAUACUUUCGACCGAUGGGUCGUUUCCUAGACGGUGGGCUGCUGGCAAAUAACCCAACACUCGACGCCAUGACUGAGAUCCACCAGUACCACAAAUCAUUGAAGGCUCAGGGUCAGGGAGAUGAAGAGUGUCGUCUAGGUGUGGUGGUGUCUUUAGGGACGGGGAAACCUCCACAGGUGCCGGUGAACUCGGUGGACGUGUUUAGACCCUCAAACCCUCUGGAGCUGGCUAAAAGCUUUGUAGGAGUCAAGGAGCUGGGCAAGAUGCUUGUGGACUGUUGCACUGACUCCGAUGGGUGUGCAGUAGAUCGAGCCAGAGCUUGGUGUGAGAUGACUGAUAUAAACUAUCAAAGGCUGAGUCCCCAGCUCUCGAGCGAGGUCCUUCUGGAUGAAGUCAGUGACUCUGUUCUGGUGAACAUGCUGUGGGAGACUCAGAUGUACCUGUAUGAGAACCGAGAGCUUAUACAAUCCCUUGCACAGCAGCUCCUACGGCCCUGACACACACACACACACACACACACACACACACGCAUGCACACAGUAAAAAAGGGAAUAGAGUCUGUUAGAGAAUCGAGAGAGAAUCUAAGAAUCCAGAAGAUGUAAAUGAGCUUCAUCGUCAUUAUUAACGAUCCUGAUUUCUAACAUGACCCAACAAAGUGUGUGUAAGGGUUUAGAUCUUAUCUCUGAGGAACAGAGAGUAAAUUGAAGUGUCUACACUGGAUUUAUUUUUUGCCAUCGCUGCACUCCUCCUAAAGUAAAGUGAUAACAGAUAAGUGUCUAAUUUUUAAUGUGAGAACAUUCUAUAAGGUGAUAUCUUUUAAAUAGUGUUAUAUAAUCGUCUUACGUCAGAGCUGGAGGUCAGGCAUUUAUGGAUUUUCAGUAACAUCUAGACUUCCGUUACAUUUAAUCUACGUUAACACGAUCACGACUUGGGUAGUUAAGAACAGUUGUGGCAGUGGGGGGGACAAAAACUUUAAUCCAGUUAAUAUCCAGUGACUUUGUGUCUGAUUAUGAAGUGUAUUUAUGUAUCACAUUUAAUCUGCUUUAUUAUCCAGUAUGUGAGCUUGACCUUCAUUUUAUGCCUUUUUACCUCACAAACCAAAAGCCUUGUGUUUUGUUUUUUUGUUGUUGUUGUUGUUGUUGUUGUUGUUUUCUCGUAUUGCUUUCAAUUGAUUUUCUUAUCCAGCGGUGCAAAGUCGAGCCUUUAACGCAAACUUAAACAAAAGGUUAACGGCUAUUCAUUCACCUGAUACUUUGCCUGGUCAAUAACACACUGCAUGUUUGUUUGUUUGUUUGUUUGUUUACUACUUUGUAUGUUGGCAGUAUUCAGGUAAUUAUAAAUUUGGAUAAAACUUACUUGUAAUUUAGUAAGUAACACAUCCAGGAUUACACUUUAAUGUACUGACGUUUUGGUCCUGAAUUUAUCAUAGUGGUGUUUACUGACAAAACCUCAGUAUUUAUGCCUUUUUUUUUUUUGGAUUGUUAUUUAUGUUUACAGAUUUUAUACUCUUCUUUAUAUAUGAACUCUCCAUUCAUUAAAGAAUUAAUAACUACCGCUGUGUCACGUGCCGUCCACUUCGCUCUGUACAACGACACCGUGGUCGGUUACUUACUCUACUUUUAAUUCAGCUUCAUUUGCUCAAGCUCCGUUACAGAAUACAGAAAAUGUCAGGUGAUAAAUGUUUUCAGAAUCAGAAUCAGAAUCAGCUUUAUUGCCAGGCAUGUUUUUGCAUGCGAGGAAUUUGUUUUAUUGACAGAAGCUCCACAGUGUUACAGAACGAUACUAUAUAGGCAAAAAUUGUAUGUACACAUGUACAGGUUGAAAUGUGCAGUUGAAAUAUAAUUGAAGUGAAAUAAUUAUAUAUGUAUAAUUGUAUAAUUGAAUGUGCAAUUGAAGUAAACAGUAUAGACAAAUAUAUGUACAGAUGUGCCAAGUAUGAAAUGUGUAAUUGAAGUAAACAUGGUACAAAUGUGCAAGUGUGAAA